AUGGCGCUCUUCUCCUCUUCAUCCUCGGCUGCAUCGCUUGCAAGGUUGCCUGGAUUCCUCAGGCCCGAGAGUGCCUCUACUCGAAUCGGGGUACAGAACCAGCUCUUCAGCAAGCUUAACCAACUCGAGCGCCAACGCCUCCAAGCUGCCAACAGCUCAGAUUCACCCUUCUAUGUCGCCCACGCACUUCAAGAGUCCACCCGAGACCUGAAUCGAUAUACUGACAUUCUCCCAUACAAGCACUCGCAAAUCCAUGUGGGCACAUCCGUUGCGCUUCAAACUCAAUCCCAGUCAUCCUUCAUAAAUGCCAAUCGCAUCACAGCUCCGCCUGGCCUACGCACCAGCCUACCACCUGGCUGGCGAGGAUACAUUGCGACUCAGGCACCGCUUCCGCACACUCAGUCCCGAUUUUGGAGAAUGGUCUCUGAGCAGAAUGUCCACGUUAUUGUCAGCCUGACAGCCGUUAGCCAUGACAGAUCACGACGCAGUCAAAAGGCAGAGCGAUAUUGGCCUGCUGCAGGUGAGACGGAUAAGUUUGACAGUGAUCUUUGGGUCAGGAAUGUGGACCCCAUCGAUAGUCAUGAGCAGGUCGCAUACCGUCACUUUGAAAUCUGGAACCCUAAUGAUACGACGACGGAUGAGAAACGACAGGUGCUGUUGGUCCAUUAUCAAGGUUGGCCCGACCACGGCGUGCCUAGCAAGACGAACGAUCUUCGCGAUAUCUUGUACAAGAUUCGGGGAUGGAAAGCGGAGCAGCGCCAGAGUGGACACAAGACUAAUUUGAUGGACUUUGGCCCGAUAGUGGUUCAUUGCAGUGCGGGCUGCGGCAGAACCGGCACGUUUUGUGUGAUCGACACCAUCUUGUCCGUGCUCGAGCAUAUACAGUAUCCAUACUUGGCGUCGCCUCCGGGUGGCUACAUCCCAAACGCCAUUGAAUCACAAACAAGCAGCCAAGUGCAGGAACAGGCACAGAGACAGGAGCAGGAACAAGGCCAGGGACAAGGACAGCAAGGCGAGGUCUACGAUUGGCAAAGCGAUCGAGAUAUCAUCUAUGAGACAUUGACCUUCUUCCGACAGGAGCGCAUGCUGAUGGUGCAAACGGCAGCCCAGUACGGCUUCUGUUACUCAACAGUUCGCGAUCUGUGUCAAUAUCAAUAG